CUUUCGAAGCCAUCGUCAGAAGUAAAGCGUCUGCGUUUAGUCUCAAUUCUGUUUGGGUAUUGUGAUAUCAAUUUUCAAUGGCUGGUGAAGGUGAAACGGUGGCCGUGGUGGCUGAAUUGCCGCCGGUGGAGCCCACGGCGGUGGAGGAGAAGCCAGCGAAGCCGGUGAAGGAGAAGAAGGCGAAGGUUCCGAAAGAGAAGAAGCCUAAAUCGGCUAAGGCAUCUCAACCCUCUCAUCCUCCUUAUUUCCAGAUGAUUAAGGAGGCGUUAUUGGCACUCCAAGAUAAGAGUGGUUCAAGUCCAUACGCCAUAGCUAAGUACAUGGAGGAGAAGCACAAGGCCGUCUUGCCUGCAAAUUUCAGGAAAAUUUUGGCUCUUCAAUUGAAAAACUGUGUUGCAAAGGGGAAGCUGAUCAAGAUCAAGGCUUCUUUCAAACUGUCCGAAUCAGGGAAAAAGGAUGUGGUGGUUAAGGCUGCGAAGACUUCUGCAGGGAAGAAGGAUAAAGUGGUUAAACCCAAAUCAGGUGCUGCCGCUCCUAAAGCUUCUAAGACGGUGAAGAAGACGGUGACUCCGGCCAAGAAGAAGACGGCGAAACCUGUGAAGAAGGUUGGUGCAAAGAAGAUGAAGAGAUCAACUCCAGCAAAACCGAAGCAACCCAAGUCGAUAAAGUCACCUGCUGCAAAGAAAGCUAAGAAGGCCACAGCUGCGUGAUUUAAUGAAGGAAUGAAAGUAUCCUUUACUGACAAAUUACAGAUGGUUGUAUAUAUGGCUGGACUGAUGGGGUUUUAAUCUCUCUCUCUCUCUCCCUCUCUCUCUCUCUCUCUCUCUCUCUCUCUCUCUCUCUCUCUCUUUUCUUCCUUUUCUUGUGGGAAUCUGUGGUUGAAAAAGGUUAUGUAGAAUAAGUUCGAAGCUUGAAUUCUGCAGAUUUUGUUCUUUCUUCAAUGUGAAAAUCAUAAAAUCUCUAGUUUGAAAAGCA